GCUGCCUCCCGCCGGCGGGCCGGGUCGGGCCGAGCCCCGGACUCUGCGGCGACGCCGGGGAUCCUGCCUCCGCCAGGCCGGCCGCCCGGCGCCCCGAGGAGGCCGCUGAGCCCCGGGCCAUGGUCCCGUCUCGCCGGCCGUGGAACCUGGGAGCCACGCCCUCGCUGCGCGGCCUGUGGAGAGUGGGCCGGGCCGGGGAGCCCGAGCCGGGGAUGGCUCGCCCCGCCCCCGCCAGCCCGGCCGCCCGCCCUUUCCCAUACACCGGCCCGGGGAGGUUGAGAACUGGGCGUGGAAAAGACACCCCGGUCAGCAGUGACGAGGACUCCGGUGCCCGAAGUGCAGCUCGCCCGGCCCUCGCUCAGUGCCGAGCCCUCAGCGUGGACUGGGCUGGCCCUGGGAGCCCCCACAGGCUCUACCUGACCGUGCAGCAAGCCCUCCUGGACAAGGGGUGCGAGAACAAGAGUCAGGGGACGAAAGAGGAGAAGCUCCCGAAGAGGCAGGCGCCGGCCCCCAGGCGGGACCGGGAGGCCCAGGAAGCUGGUGGCACCAUGAAUGUAGAGAAAACAGGUGGGCGGCUCUUUGGCAGCGGGAGGUGCUCGAGCCUGGCGGGGCGGCCGGGUGCGGCCCCCAUGGUACAUAGGAUGGUGGUGACCAUGUCCCAGCUGCAGGAAGAGAAAGCCCGGCUGCAGGAGGGGCUGGCCCUCCGAGACAGUGACCAGCAAGCCACAUCCACCCAGCUGCAGAACCAGGUGGAAAACCUGAAGGAGAAGCUCAUUAGCCAGGCCCAGGAAGUGAGCCGCCUUCGAUCAGAGCUGGGGGGCACGGACUUGGAGAAGCACCGCGACCUGCUGGUGGUGGAGAAUGAGCGGCUGAGGCAGGAGAUGCGGCGCUUCGAGGCCGAGGUGCAAGAGCUGCGGGCCAAGGCGGCGGCCCCCUGCGCGGGCUGUGAGCACAGCCAGGUGAGCGGGCCGGCCGGCCCCAGCUGCUCCUGGAGGGCUGGGUCCCGAACAGCAACCCCGGUUCCUCGCGGUGACCCCUGCCUGCUCGUCUGUCCUUCCCUCUGUCUGCUGCACCCUUGUCCCGCCCCCCCCAACCACCUGCAGGAGAGCGCCCAGCUCCGGGACAAGCUGUCGCAACUACAGCUGGAGGUGGCCGAGAACAAGGGCAUGCUGUCCGAGCUGAACCUGGAGGUGCAGCAGAAGACCGACCGGCUGGCCGAGGUCGAGCUGAGGCUCAAGGACUGCCUGGCCGAGAAGGCGCAGGAGGAGGAGCGGCUGAGCCGGCGCCUGCGGGACAGCCACGAGACCAUCGCCAGCCUGCGGGCCCAGUCGCCGCCCAUCAAGUACGUCAUCAGGACCGUGGAGGUGGAGUCGUCCAAGGCCAAGCAGGCCCUCAGCGAGUCCCAGGCCCGGAACCAGCACCUGCAGGAGCAGGUGGCCAUGCAGAGGCAGGUCCUGAAGGAGAUGGAACAGCAGCUGCACAGCUCACACCAGCUGACGGCGCAGCUCCGGGCGCAGAUCGCCAUGUACGAGUCAGAGCUGGAGCGGGCACAUGGGCAGAUGCUGGAGGAGAUGCAGUCCCUGGAGGAAGACAAGAACCGGGCCAUCGAGGAGGCCUUUGCCAGAGCCCAGGUAGAGAUGAAGGCUGUGCACGAGAACCUGGCAGGGGUCCGGACCAACCUGCUGACGCUGCAGCCAGCGCUGCGGACCCUCACCAACGACUACAAUGGGCUCAAGCGGCAGGUGCGCGGCUUCCCCCUGCUCCUGCAGGAGGCCCUCAAGAGCGUCAAGGCCGAGAUCGGCCAGGCCAUCGAGGAGGUCAACAGCCACAACCAGGAGCUCCUGCGCAAGUACCGCCGGGAGCUGCAGCUGCGUAAGAAGUGCCACAAUGAGCUCGUACGGCUGAAAGGGAACAUCAGGGUGAUUGCUCGUGUCCGGCCAGUCACCAAAGAGGACGGGGAAGGACCCGAUGCGACCAAUGCUGUGACCUUCGAUGCCGACGACGACUCCAUCAUCCACCUGCUGCACAAAGGAAAGCCUGUAUCCUUUGAGCUGGACAAGGUCUUCUCCCCGCGGGCCUCACAGCAGGACGUGUUCCAGGAGGUGCAAGCCCUGAUCACCUCCUGCAUCGACGGCUUCAACGUCUGUAUCUUCGCCUACGGCCAGACGGGUGCCGGCAAGACGUACACGAUGGAGGGGACCCCCGAGAACCCCGGCAUCAACCAGCGGGCCCUACAGCUGCUCUUCUCCGAGGUGCAGGAGAAGGCGUCGGCCUGGGAGUACACCAUUACGGUCAGCGCGGCCGAGAUCUACAACGAGGCCCUCAGGGACCUGCUGGGGCAGGAGCCCCAGGAGAAGCUGGAGAUCCGGCUGUGCCCAGACGGCAGCGGGCAGCUGUACGUGCCGGGGCUGACCGAGUUCCAGGUGCAGAGCGUGGACGACAUCAACAAGGUGUUUGAGUUCGGCCACACUAACCGCACGACGGAGUUCACCAACCUGAACGAGCACAGCUCCCGCUCGCACGCCCUGCUCAUUGUGACGGUGCGCGGAGUGGACUGCAGCACUGGCCUCCGCACCACGGGGAAGCUGAACCUGGUGGACCUGGCGGGCUCGGAGCGCGUGGGCAAGUCCGGGGCCGAGGGCAGCCGCCUGCGGGAGGCCCAGCACAUCAACAGGUCGCUGUCAGCCCUGGGGGAUGUCAUUGCUGCUCUGCGCUCCCGCCAGGGCCACGUGCCCUUCCGCAACUCCAAGCUCACCUACCUGCUGCAGGACUCGCUCAGCGGGGACAGCAAGACGCUCAUGGUGGUGCAGGUGUCCCCCGUGGAGAAGAACACCAGCGAGACGCUAUACUCCCUGAAGUUUGCUGAGAGGGUGCGCUCUGUGGAGCUGGGCCCUGGGUCCCGCAGGGCAGAGCUCGGGUCCUGGUCCAGCCAGGAGCAUCUGGAGUGGGAGCCAGCUUGCCAGACCCCACAGCCCUCAGCACGAGCACACUCAGCCCCUGGCUCUGGGACCACCAGCCGCCCAGGCUCAAUCCGGAGGAAGCUGCAGCCCUUGGGGAAGUCCAGGCCGGUGCCUGUGUGACGGACGUGGCCCCCCUGCCAGCCUGGGGACGGGGGCCUGAGGCCUUGCCGGCCUGCUCCUGCUGUAGCAACAGGAGCCCAGGAGCUGCAGGCCGGAGCGGAGGCAGCCCUUCUGCCUCGUAUCUGCUCAGAGAUGAGAAAACCUGGUCAGAAGGAAAUGGUGUCUCCUGGCAGUGGCUGUGGGUGUAAAAGGCAUGGGCUGGAAGGGCAGGGAUGGCCCAUUCCGCCUGGCAGGCCAGGCCUCUCCCAGCCUCUCCCCAGGCCUGGCCCUGUCUCUAACGGGUGGGCUGAGGAGCCCCCCCCGGAAGGCACAGGGACGGGGCAGCCCUGGCCCCACUCCCCUCCAAGGCAGGCCCCCGUGCUCGGUUUGUAUAUAGUAUUCCUAGGUGUACAUAGGAGGCCGGGCUAUAUUUAUGGCUGGCGGGAGGCCAGUGGGCGGGGAUUCUGCUGCUCCCCUCGUCAGCCUGCCACCAGGCUCUCUCCUUGCUCACUGGCCUCUUGCCAUUUUCCCCCCUCUGAAAUCCUAUUUAAGAACUUUUGGAAGCUUAGCCAUUUUUACUUAUUAAAAUAAAAACCUUUUUACACAA